AUGACGUCGUUAGACAGCAUUGGACAUUCCGCAAAGCCGUCGCAGUUCGAAAACAGAAGCGCGUCGGUGCAGCCAAAUCAGAUUCCGAGGAAUGAAAGUGCGCCUGCUACUCCCGUUCGUGGCAUGAUCGCACCUAUGUCGAUGUCUGUUGCUAGCAGCAGUAACUGCUCACUUGAGUGGCCCGUCGACAGAUUGUCCUCGGCUGCUCAAUUCGCGGCCUGUGACACUGAUUCGGACGGCUUUGUUAGUGGGAACGAUGUUAAGCAUGUUCUUCUCAAUUCAGGUCUUCCACAGAGCGAACUUGCGCAAGUUUGGGCACUGUCGGACAUCAAUCAAACUGGAAGACUCAAUCAAGAGCAGUUUGCACUAAUUAUUUUGCAUUUUAGUAUACAUCUUGUGAAUAUGCGCAAGCGUGGAGAAGAGUUGCCCUCAGCUCUACCUCCAUUCCUCAUUCCACCUUCUCUUCGUGCACUCUCAGUUCCGGAAAAUGGACACACCAACGACGGCAACGUUAAUACGAGCAACUUGAGCGCAGGUGACUCCGAAGAAAUGCGAAAAAUAACGGAGGAAAUGGAAAAACUGCUCGCGGACAGAAGGGAAGCCGAUGCUCAGGUUUCACAGUUAGAAGCAGAUAUGAAAGUUAAGGAUAGCCAAAUCAAAAACUUACAGGUGGAGCUUCGCACUCUGGAAGUCACUGUAAAGCAAUUGGAAAGGCAGAAAGCGGAAGCUGGACGCCGCCUCGCUGAUUUGGACGAACAAAUUAAGCAGUUAGAGUCAGCUGCUCUAGCUCAAGCGAAGAAAGCAGAAGAGGCACAAACUAGAUUGAAUCAGCUUGUGGAAGACACCCAGAAGGAUGCAGCUCAUGCUGAGGUGAUACUAUCAAAAAUGUGUAGUUAUAGUUGCCUAUCGCCUACUAUUUCUCCUUGUUAUACUAUAGCUGGAUGAAA